AUGGUUGAUGAAUCGAACCGCACAAAUCCAUCAGAGGACCGGAAAACCGCACGAGAUUACAUAGAUUCAUACAUAGAUUCAUUGAAUUCCUCACUUGGCGAUUUUUUGAAAAAAUCACAACCAAAGUAUGACCCGUCACUAAAUUCUGAUUUACCCUCGACUCCUCCGCCGUCCAACGCUUCUGAAUCUGCUAAAUCAAAUGCUCAGGCUUGGACGGAUAACAGCCCCAAAUCUGAUAAAUCUUUUCUGUCAGACAUUGCUGAUGCCCCGACCAUUAAUCCUCUGCUAUUUGAAGAUAAUAAAAUUAUUAGGGAUAACCAGCUACGAGAGAAAAUAGACGAUAAACCUGAUAGCAUUGUACCGAAAGUAAACAAAGGGGUAUUUGAUCAGAAACGUGAGAUCCAUGAGGCAGCCUUAUUGAACUGUUCAGAUCUUCAUUCAGAUUUGCAAGAAUGUUUUAUAAAAGGAAGUUGGUUCGAUAAAGCAACUUUAUGUCAAGGAGCUAGAAAGAAAUUUUGGAAAUGUUUCGAUGAUCAGAAGGUGAUACUGCAAGACUUGGGGUAUGGUGCACCAUAUAAUACAAAGGAACAAAAUGAGCGUAUGUUAUGGGAAGCCGAUCGCAUUGGGCAAAAUGAUUCUGCAAAACAACAAGACGCCUAA